AUGGGUCUUCCUGCUGCGCUAUGGAGCUCUCUGUUCUUACUCGUCAUGGACCUAGGGUUAUUUUGGACUACACACUUUCCUGUGGGAAAACUAAAAAUGCCGCCUGGUGUUCUUGUUGCAAACUUUCUUAUCAAAUGGAAUCUGGAGAGCUAUGUCUUGCUUCGCAUCCGAGUCAUAAUGACAUUCAUCACCACCCUCUACCUGAUAUUCUUCUUGUCGAGCUGUUUUUUCCCUCGUGUUCGCAGCUUAAUGGUGAAGUUCAUGGAUCCUGUGGCUGACGCCAUCCUGGUAUACGUUAUGGGGGUCAUGCAAGCUGCAGCUUUCAAUAAUAAGCUGUUCCCAGUCUGGGCACUUCUACUGGUCGGCCUCCGCUCUAGCAUCCAUGGCCGCUCUAAUUCUGGAACGUCUUUUCAGCUUAGAAAUAUCUUGAAGCUUUUAGCUGUGGCAUACAUGAAUUUCACACGUGGAUCCAGAUUGGGGCGUUUUUCAUUCUGGUUAUUUUGGAGUGUCUUGGCACUUCAGUGUUUGUACAAGAUUGUGGCACGGCAUAUAGCAUCCAAGUCCUUGUGGCAUGGCCGUAGUUCAGAACUUCUUCAGGAGUACAUGGGUGCCAAUGAUAACAAGAGCAAUUUUAACCCUGACUCUGAAAUAUGCAACCCACAGACUAUGGAAGGAUACAAGUACUUGGUCUAUGGAGAGUCACAGCAAAGCAGAAAGAAUGCACACAUUCUAAAUGUUGAAGACCUGAGUCCGCUAGUUACCUUGGACAAGAUUUGGCAAUGUGAUGAUGGCUUGCUGCUAACCUCCAUCAACAAGCAGGGGAGCAACAUGAAGGAUAUGACCCUGGCAUUUGCACUGUCGCGGUUGCUUCGGUGUAGGCUGGAAGGAGCAACGCUUCAUGAAGCUGCAGUUUACAUGACCCGAAAGCUAAUCAGCAAUAGGAUUAUCUCAGAUAAUGCUGAAAAGUUACUUUUCAGUAUCUUGGAGCUGGAUGUUGGGUUCCUUGGGGACUCCCUCCACUCCAGUAACCCUAUGGUCUUCUGCAGAGGGCUUCUCUCACUCUUCUUCACUCUUCUGGUGUCUUGGUUGAAGUUAUGCAUGGCUACAUGGCUUUUUGUAGAUAUCUUUACGGUGCAUCUCCCAAAAUCGGUACGAGACAGAGGCCCUCGAGACCGUUAUAGUUAUCCGCUCCACAAAUUUGGUUAUGAUUCAGCUAUCACUUUGGUAGCCAUGUACACUGUACUAACUGCUGAGAGUAUUAGGAUGCUGGGGUACUUCCUAUCAAAGUGGGCAAAACUAAUAGCGGUGUGCAACUUUGUGAAUUCUAGAAACAGAUGGCUGAAAUAUGUCAUUGUGAAUAUACCUGCCAAUCAUGGGGAAAGAAUUAUAUUUGCACGACAGCAUGUCUUCUUGCAACCAUUCAGUUCAAGCAUGUCGGGAUGGAAAUUAAUCUCUUGUGUUUUAGAAAGAAACCCAAACGCAAGUGCAAUUCGCACAGAAGGAAAAAUGAAUGCUAGUGCAGCUGAGAAUGUGAAGGCAGCAAUAAUUCAAGCACUCCGCUCCAUGGACCUCGAGGGCCAUCCUCUGUCAAGAGACCUCCCUUUGCCGCGCUUCAGCGACAGAGCAAAGCGUUAUUGGUUGGCAUGCCUUACAGAGGUACCAAGAUGCUCCCAUGUUAUUCUGGUCUGGCACAUUGCAACAAGCCUAUGUGAGAUCAAGCUCGCCAAUGACAACAGAAUCGACUUAACAACAAUGUCAAGAUUACCAUCGUUUCUGGUGGAUGAAAAGACUCUCAAGGAUAAUGAGAAUCUGAAGGCAUACAUGGUGUCAAAUUGCUUAUCACGGUACUGUAUGUACCUGCUGGUUUCAAAGCCCAAACUGCUCCCCGAAACCAUUUUGAUGUCCAAGAAGGCCUUCCAAGAUGCUGUUCAAUGUGCUCACAAAAUGCUUGAUGAUUGUUACUCAUUUGAGAGCAUAUACAACAAGCUUAUGAAAGAAGAACAGGAAGCUCUCGGUCCAGGCUCACAUGAUGUAAGUCUGAGUGGAAACAUAUUGCAACAAGGUGCUAUACUAGCCAAUGCACUCAUCAAGGAAGAACAAAAAAGUCGCUGGGAGAUCCUAUCUGACGUGUGGGUUCACUUGCUUUUGCACACUGCUGCCAGUUCUGAUGCUUCUGCCCAUGCUGAGGACCUCAAGUCCAGUGCCGAGUUCAUAACAGUUAUCUGGGCUUUGUUUUCCCACUGUGGCAUCGGGAAGAGGGAAUUAUGGCAGCAGAAGAAGAGUGCGGAUUUCAAGAACUCUCCUGGGCCGUCUAACCAGAGCAGCAGUGGUGUGGCAAAUUCCCAUGUUCAGGCGACAGUCAGCUCUAGUCCACAUGUUGCCCGAUCUUCAGAAAAAAAUCAUGUAGAGGCUGGUCCUGAUUCUGCCAUGUCGUCAAACCUGAAUUGCUGAUGCUCUGCUCCCUUCAUGCUUUCAGUUUUCAGUAAAAUUUGCAUCUCAUCACGACAUUUGUAGUUGUUUCUGACGAUUGUAACACGAGUUAAUCUUUUGUGGAUUAUGAUUGUAACA